AUUCACUCAUCGACUCACUUUCACGCCCGGAAAAUAGCCGCAACAUUUAACCUCCACUACCUAUUCCCCAGCGCUUGUUAAACGACCCGGCAACCCUCUCCCUCCUCCCAAUACACUUCCUCGCCAUGUCCGGCCUCGAGAAAGCCCUCUUCAACCUCAAGUUUACAACGAAACAACUGAAUAGACAAGCUGCAAAGGCUGGGAAGGAUGAAACGGCAGAGAAGGCGAAGCUUGAAAAGGCCAUGAAGGCUGGCCACCACGAUAUCGCCCGCAUAUACGCCCAAAAUGCCAUCCGAAAGCAAAACGAAAAGCUCAACUUGCUACGGCUCGCUUCUCGAAUCGACGCGGUUAGCAGCAGGGUACAGACCGCGGUAACGAUGCGACAAGUCACAGGCAGCAUGGCGAACGUGGUCAGAGGCAUGGAUUCAGCCAUGAAACAAAUGGAUCUGGAGAAGAUAUCCGCGGUCAUGGAUAAGUUCGAGACACAAUUCGAAGACCUCGACGUUGCGACGGGCUAUUACGAGAACGCAACGUCAUCCGCAACUGCCGUCGGCACACCGCAAGAAGACGUAGAUAGGCUGAUGUCGCAAGCCGCUGACAAGGCGGGUGUGGAGCUUCAGGAGGACCUCCAAGCCGUAACCCCUGCAAAGACGAAGGUUGGGCCUACGGAACAAGAAGAGGAGGGCCUGAACGAGAGACUUCGGGCCUUGAGGAAUUGAGCCGUGAUGUUAUGAAGGGGGCAUAUUGUUUCGGGGAGUUCAGGAGUUUAGGAUUCCAAGCGCAUAGCCCAAUUUGCAUGUUCUAAUGAAAGGGCGAAUCGUUCAUAUAUGCUCCAGGAUUGACGGGGCUUGCGAAAGAACUGUCUAAAUAGAUUUGGGGCGUCCGUCUAGCAAAGGAUUGAUUUUCCACAUUUGCUUACCGAUUCCCUCUAGCUCUUACAUUAGAAUACGACAGACUCACCUUUG